AUGAAAAAAUUAUCUUUGAGAUGACAAAAAAGUAAAAUAAAGACCAAAAUGUGAGCACCACCAGAUAAGCGGUAGUCUCUGGCCACGAAAAUGUCUCCUCCGGCGGCCGGCGCGAUAGAACUCAGACCACUGGGCAAUACCGGCUUGAAUGUGAGCUCCAUCGGAUUCGGAGCCUCCCCACUUGGCAAUGUCUUCGGGAAUGUCUCCGAAGAAGAGGCUUUCGCCGCCGUCCGCCGUGCCUUCCGCCUCGGAAUCAACUUCUUCGACACCUCUCCGUACUAUGGGGGAACAUUGUCGGAGAAGGUACUCGGGAAGGCUCUGAAGGCACUCGGAGUAGCUAGAGAUCAGUACAUUGUGUCCACCAAGUGCGGGAGAUACAAGGAAGGCUUCGAUUUCAGUGCAUCAUGGCUCGAGACUUGAUGUUAAAAUUAACUAUAAAUAAUUGUAACCUACAGUGACCAUAGUACCAUAUUAAUAGCAUGCUCUAUUCACCGUAUUUUUAACUAGAAUCUGGAGGUUGGAAGUUGAAGUCAAGAGAUUAAAGUCUGAAUGCAAUA